AGUGGCAAAGACAACAGGCUUGUACGCUUUGUUUUUGAAAGGGGCAAGGGCACCAAGGCACCUUUAUCAUUGGUUAAAAGAACACCCUGUGAGGAAAGUUUAAUUUCUUCUGGAGCAUUUUUUAAAGGCACCAAGACAAUGACCAGGGGGUAUGGAGGCAAUCGCAUUCGUUGCCUCCUUGAAGUAUCAGGCCUGAGACUGCACCAGUUUCUCUUACUGGUGGUUGUCCUGUCCAGUUGUCCGUGUGGGUGUACGGACAAUAAGAAUGUGACCAAGCUUCACCUACUGGGGUUGUUCCCCAUGACUGGGUCGUGGGCGGCUGGAGGGACGUUGGAACCGGCCACGAGGCUCGCCGUUAACGAUAUCAAUGCUGAUGAUGGUAUUCUACCCGGCUUUCAAAUUGAGAUGAUCAACAGGGACACAGCGUGUGACGGCGGGAAGGCUACAGAUGUCAUGUACGAGGAGUUAUACAACCGCUCAACGCAUAAGAUAAUGAUCAUAGGAGGUGGUUGCUCCGUUUGCUCAGAGGCUACUGCACAGGCAUCGCAUCACUGGAAUCUCAUACAGGUGUCUUACUCGUCGAGCUCACCGACGCUUUCCAACCGUAAGCUUUUCCCGCGAUUCUUUCGACUGCUCUCCCCCGAAUCUGUGUACAACAUCGUCAAGCUAGCCAUGUGCCGCGAGUUCAAGUGGAUGAAAGUUGCUACACUGCAUGAAUCGGUGACUUUGUUCUCACAGGCCAUGACUGACUUCCACACAGAAGCAAGGAAACUUGGAAUCGAAAUCCUCGGCGCAGAAAGCUUCGUUGGUGAUCCUAAAUCACAAGUUGACAAUAUCAAGAAACUCGGAGCCCGGAUCAUCAUUGGAGGGUUCUAUACGGACAAGGCAAGGAAGGUAUUCUGCGAAGCUUAUCACCAACAAAUGUUCGGUGCAAAGUACGUCUGGAUCGUCCCAGGUUGGUAUGAGUCGAACUGGUGGAAGGUUGCAGAUGACUCAAUCGACUGUACUGAGAAGGAAAUGGAGGGCGCCACCAACGGCCUUUUUGGUUACAUCUUCGAAAGUUCACCGUCCGAGGCGAACAGGAGACCGUCAGUCUCGGGUUUGACGUCUAGCGAGUUGAUCGAAAGAUACCAAGAUCUGACUGGACACGAAGACAUUGCAUCCUUGAUUGGUUACAACCGUAUUACAUCCAGCUAUGAUAUCGUGUGGAUGGCAGCACUAGCUCUACAUGCCACACAUGAGAUACUCAAAGAAUUAGCACAUCGGAGGAGAUCAGAAACUUGGUCAUCUGUUGGUGUGACAGCACGGAGAUUGACGAGUGAAGUUUUGAAUAGGCCUAAAGUUUCCGACCUGCCAAAGUCAAUCAGUGAGAGCUCCAUCAAACGCUUAUUUGUCGCACCCCAUAGUAGCCGCCAUGCAAGCGUCCGAUAUCAUGGAGUUAUUGUCGCAAAAAUUGGCGUGAAGGCAAAUGAUGUAUCAAAGGAAAACAAAAACUCUCAUUUUUGCCGAAGCUCCGUGAAUUACGCUCUUGAGAUGGCCACUUGUUUUGAAGAUGAGGUGUCAGCAUGGUCAGUGGACGACAAAAACAAGCUACUUGUAGGAGGGGGUCCAUGUGUCGAUAGAAGGAUGUCCUUUAAAUCUUACUUCAUGAGAAAUGACAUGGUCCAUUAUCCAGACCACAACUUUUCAACUGGGUACAAAAUUAUACCAAGCGGGUAUAUGCAGCUUCUUCACCGGCCAUCACCAAAACAGCACGACAAGACACCAUCUCAAGAACCUCCGUUACCUGGCGACCAGUGUCAGCUACCCACCUCAAAAUAUCGACAUGACAAGCUAGGCCGUCUCCACUUCAACUAUCCCAGAACUGGUCCACUCUCCAUCUAUCUCCGGGGCAACAAGUUUCACAAAGCAUCCGUCUAUAAUCACCAUGAAGACCUCAAACAACUAAUUCAAAGAGUCAACGAAAAAGAUGGGAAGUACGCUGCCGUAAUCAUAUCAGACAAUGGGCCAGACUGGAAAAAACACAGUUUGAAGGUAGUCCAAAUGAUUGGAAGACUUUGGCGAGACUUGAACCUCGACUACUUGUGCAUUGUGGCAUAUUCACCUGGGGACAGUAGGUUCAACAUGGUAGAACAUUCAUGGGCCCCCUUGACUAUGUGGUUAACAGGGCUUCAGCUAAAGGCUAGUCUACCCGGAGAGGAAAAGACUCCACAAGAACAAACAAAAUUGACACAACAAGAGAGGGAAACCAAAGAGGCCAUUGUUCUUGACACGGCGAUUGAUGACGUCCACCGCUGCCUGGAAGGAAGAGUUUACGACUCGUUCCCACUGAACAUAGUCCCUGUUCUUUGCCGUUCAACACAGCACACAGAUGAGGCCAAAAUUGAGGAACUCACCAAUGCAAGCCUUCUAAAAAUCCAGCGAGAUGAUAGUCUGAGUAGUCUUGCAGAGGAAUUUCAAUUUCUCUCCCGUCACUCUGCCCAGCGGUCGUUUCAGCUGGAAUUUGUGAAGUGUGAGUCCUCUUCCUGUGGUCAUUGUUCCAAGAGGCCGAUUCGCGCAAAGAAGUUGAUAACUUUUUUAUGUGAGUUUGCAGAUGGAUACAACUUCACGCCGAAACCAUCCGAGCAACAUCCAGAUCACUUCAUGGCAUGGCAUGAAAUGGCUCAAAGGGCGACUGCGGGAACGCUUCAGUUUGCAGACUUGGACGAGGGUCUUGAGUCGCCACUUUCAGACCCGCCAAAGUCGAUUGCAGAUUUCGCUUAUGACAGAGAGACGGUUGAGAUUCUAUUUGACGUAAUAAGCAACAUGACGUUUGAGGGCGUUUCGGGGCCUGUCAAAUUUACAUCAACCGGAGACAGGCUUGGAUUCCUCCAGCUCAGGCAAAUACAAGAUGGUAUAGACGUCCCAGUGGGAGUUGUGGAUACCAUCAGUGGAACGGGGGAUCGUCUCAUCUGGGAGGGAUACCAGCCAAUCAUUUGGCAAGGUGGGGCGCCACCUAUUGACUUUAUGAUCGAGAAGGAAGAUCGGCAAACGAUACAGCUACCAGUAUUCAUAACCGGCACAAUCUUUGCUGUGAUUGGAAUGUCGCUUGCAGUCUGCUUCUUGGUAUUCAACGUUAUGUUUAGGAAAAUACGCGUUAUCAAGAUGUCGAGUCCCAACAUCAACAAUUUGAUGUUAGUGGGAGGGAUUUUUGCCUACGUAUCAAUUAUCUUCCUAGGCAUCGAUACCAACAUCACCUCCAAGGAAAUCUUUGUCUGGAUGUGCAAGGCCAAGACGUGGUUUCUUGCCAUCGGUUUUUCUAUGGCAUUUGGCUCGAUGUUCAGUAAGACAUGGCGAGUACACAAAAUAUUCACCCAUUCAACGAAGAUGAAAAUGAGGGUGAGGGAUCAGUGGCUGCUCAUCAGCGUGGCCGUUCUCAUCACACUGGACGCUGCGAUCCUGAUUCUAUGGGAGAUCAUUGAUCCAAUAACAGUAACGGAACAACACGGAACCAAAGUUAUUGAUGAGGACAAUGACGACAUCGUGUACACCCCAAUUCGUACGACGUGUGAAUCAAUCCAUCAGAUUUACUGGAUUGGGGCCUUCUACGUCAUCGAUGGUCUACUUCUAGUAUUUGGAGCUUUCCUAGCCUGGGAGACCAGAAAAGUAUCCAUCCCGGCACUCAACGACUCCAAAUACAUAGGCAUCUGUGUUUACAACGUCCUGAUUCUAUCGUUUAUCUGUGCUCCGGUAUCCUUCGUUCUAGAAGAGCGCAACGUCAACUAUGUCUUGGUGGCGACUACAAUCUGGCUUGCAACAACGCUUACACUGUGUGUUGUAUUCAUACCAAAGAUUAAAAUGCGCAACGAGGUUCAGCCAGCCAGAAAUCAACUAGUCACGACGACGCGACCGAGCACGAUUCUCACGGGAGAGAAUUCCAAAACGGACUCCCAGACUGAAGUACAGCACCUCCGUAAAGAAUUACUACGCUACAGAAGUAACUGCAGGUGUUCGACACCACUUGAUCAAGGGAAUGAGCCAAGCUUCGUCCAAAGCACGUCCGCAUGGGGGAAUACAGAACGCUCAGACGUAGGCGUGGCUCCAGCUGGUGUGAAGAAACAAAACAACUCAACGUAAAUGUAAUGUCAGUUAGAUAUUUAUCCGUCAUUUAUUUCGUUAAUGUCCUGUGUCUAAUUUCAUAGAAGUGCUUAUAAGCACGAAAAGUAGCUUAACACAACAAAAUGAUGCUUACCAGAAUAAGGUUACCAGGCAUUGCAU